AUGGCAACCCGAUGGGGACUUUGUGGUGCAGGGAAGAUCAGCCAUGACUUCAGCGUGGCCAUGAAGACUCUGCCUCCUGGAGAUCACCAGAUAGCAGUCAUUGCAUCAAGGAGUUUGGAGCGUGCCAAAGAGUUUGCCAAGAGACAUGGUAUUCCUAAGGCUUACGGUAGCUAUGAAGAGCUGGCCAACGACCCGGACAUUGACAUUGUAUACGUGGGAGUGCUGCACACAGAGCACUGGCGAGUUGGCCUGCUGUUCCUCAAAGCUGGGAAGAAUGUCCUAUGUGAGAAACCCUUUGCUAUGAACUCCAGGCAGGUGAAAGACCUCGUUGCCACCGCCAAGAAAAACAAAGUCUUCUUGAUGGAGGCCAUCUGGUCCCGCUGUUUCCCUGUGCACACUGAGGUGCGCAGACUGCUUGCUGAGGAGGCAGUAGGUGAGGUGAAGCUGGUAAAGGCCUACUUCGGCUCUCCUCAGCUCCAUAUCCCCCGCUCGGUGGAGAAGGAGCUGGGCGGAGGCGCUCUGUUGGAUAUUGGAGUGUACUGCCUGCAGUUUGUGCUGAUGGUGUUCAACGGGGAGAGGCCAGAAUCCAUUCAAGCCACAGGGGUGCUGCUAGACUCAGGAGUGGAUGAGUCAGUGGUUGUGGUGAUGAAGUUCUCCAGAAAGAGAAUGGCCUUCUGUACCUUUUCAAUUGCUGCACGACUUCCAAAUGAUGCUGUCAUCAGUGGCACUAAGGGCUCCAUUAAAGUCCUUGGCCCCAUGCACUGUCCUACCUCUCUGGUUGUGAAUGACAAGGAGAUGGAGUACCCAUUGCCUGAACCCUGCCUCCCUCUGAAUUUCACCAACAGCACUGGGCUUCGCUAUGAGGCAGAGGAAGUGAGGCAGUGCCUGCUUAAAGGACUUAAAGAGAGCCCACGGAUGCCUCUGGCAGAUUCUGUCUUACUGACAGAGAUCAUGGAUGAAAUCAGGAAGCAGGUGGGAGUUGUCUUCAGCCAGGACAGCCAGUGA